GAGAGUGACAGGCUGCAACUCCACAGCGCCGUGGCUGAUUUAUCCGCUUCGGCCGUGAGUAAGGGCCGCCACAAAUCACACUUUUGCAAGCUAGGGUCAUGCAGUCGGGAAUUGUCUUUCGAUCAUAUAUCGCACAAAAAUGAAUUCAUACUUUACAGCCUCAUUUCUGCCACAGUACCCGGCUCCAGACACCCCGUACACGGGGUACAACGGCGGUAACUACGGGCUGUACCCGACACGCUUUCCAGACUACCUGACCUACCCAGGAUCUGCCGCGCACAACGGAGGAGCGUCUGUGGCUAGUUCUGGCAACCUAGCGGUCAGCGGAGCUGCUGCCUACGGCCACGACACUACCACCAGCAACUACUACCACCAUCAGCAACAACAAACGCAACCGAGUUCUAAAUCGGGUACUGGCCUUCACCAGCAGUAUCUGUCGCAGGACGUGGGCAGUUCGCCGACCUACCCGGACAUCGGCAACAUCAAGCCUGCCCACCACCACCACCAUCACCACAACCACAACAACAACAGCGCGGGUGCCAUCCCGGGUGCGGGCCCGAGUGGGUAUUCGCUGACGAACAGUGUACACGACUCCGUAUCCGAUGAUGGAGUGUCCUCGCCGACUCAUCACCACAGUCAUGGCCACCACCACCACAACCACAGCUCUGGCACUGCUACACCUCAAGGACCAGGUACUGUUGCUGCGAGUGGUGGAGGGGGUGGCGGGGUGCGUGGCUACCCAAGCCAAGUGCACACACCUCCGUACCCAGGGUCUAUCCCGGACUGGAGCCAACCACAGCAGCAACAGCAACAACAACCACAACAACACCAUCAACAGUCGGUAAACCCUGUUUCGUCACCAUCGCCGAGUCGUCUACAGCAAGGUAGCCCUUACGGUAGCCCGGGUGUUGGGGAGGCGGGUGGCAAACCACUCAGCUCCUGUUCCAUGAGUCCCAAGGAGCUGCCAGGUGACGAGAAUCCAGGUCAGGGGUCCCCUGACCAGCAACCUACUCCUUUCUACCCCUGGAUGGGUAUCGUCGGUCCAAAUUCCGCACAGAGACGGCGAGGUCGCCAAACCUACAGCCGGUACCAGACGCUGGAGUUGGAGAAGGAGUUCCAGUUCAACCACUACCUCACGCGCAAGCGGCGCAUCGAGAUCGCGCAUGCGCUGUGCCUGACGGAACGCCAAAUCAAGAUCUGGUUUCAGAACCGCCGCAUGAAGCUGAAAAAGGAGAAGAUCGCCAUCCAGGAACUGAACAACAGCUCCAAGGGCAAGGUGCUCGGCAAGGAAGAAGACGGCCGUGGCAGCGACGAUAGCGAUUCUGGCAACGAGGCCAGCUAGAGUGGCCCUCAGCUACGAGCUCUGUCUACCCGACACUUAGCGGGUAUCAAGCUAACCAACCCCAAAGCCUAGCAUCCCAGGCGCAGGAGAGACGUGCUCUCAAACUGUCCCUGACAGUUAUUCUGGACGUGAGUGCGUUGGCGUCACUCGGUCCAGUCACGUGGCUGGCCACCGGAAGUGCGCCGUCUUGCCAACUUCCUGUUUCUAGUGCAGACUCGUGUCCACCUACACAUGACACACCCUACAGGGGACAUGACAUCUAUAAAGUUCAUAUGACACAAGUAUUCGUUCACAUGUGUUUACGUGUUGCUCAGAGACCGACUGUCAGCACUGCGAGCUCACAAGACAAUAUUGGGAGUCACGUGGUCUGGCUAUAUUUCUUUGAAUACAUAUUUCUCGCCUCCUUCUCGGAUGGCAGUGAUGGGUAAUUUACAGAUGCGUUAUAUUUAGCUGUCAUGUGAUUGUCACGAGAAAUGAAUGUGUGUGUGUGUUUUGUAACUUUGCUUACUUCCCCAACUGCCAAACAGUGACCCGAAGUCUCCCUCCCUGAACUAAUGUCAGUGUACGAUAUCAUGGAGGUACCUAGGACUGUGUUCUUACUUUGUAUGGUAUGCACAUCCACUGAAUACAGACCCGCACUUCCGUUGAAAGUCAUACAAUGUUCUGGCAACAGUGGAAUACGAUCCGGCAAGCUAUUCCUCCCUGUGAUUAAAAACAAGAACUGAGGUGACGAACUUGUGGUCUCGUCGAGAACCACGUGGUCUGUACAUGGACAACAUAAUCAAAGGUACCCUUCAGCCCCUCACAAAGUGCAGUUGAAAGGAGCCGUCUACCCUUCGCCACCCGUAACCACGUGAAGUCGUAUACCCGGGGUGGGGUUAGGAAAGAGGACGUUUUGGUAAAGACCUGGUGUCACACGAACCAUUACAUCUUAAUUUUAAUUUUUUUGUCUUUGUCGUUAAAGCAGGUUUUCCAUAACGAUGUUGUUCGCUGAUUUGUUCCCAGAAACAAAUCUGUAUAUUCUGAUGCAUAGAGACAGAAAUAGAGUGAUAGAAAAGUUUUACUGAUUGUCUCCACUCGAGAUGUGAUGAACCUCUCGCCAACCUAGGAUAUUCUUGUGAAGGAUGCUUGAGGAGUUGUAUGUAUGUGUGUACGUGUGUAUGUGUGUAUGUAUAUAGUUUUCAUUGGUCACAAGUUUUCAGCUAAGUCACAGAAGACAUUUUCUGGUUCUCAAUGCUCUUCAAAGCAGGGGAAUGGUUUUGGUUUCUACUCAUCAUACCACGUCAUUUCCCGACAAGCGCAUGCGCGGAAGGAGAGAAUAUGUGUGGUAUAAACCUUAGGGGUUCGUUUCUCGUUAAGCGUGCAAUAAAUGUCACAGGUCAAAUACUAUUCUCUCCCUUAUAACAAUCUGUUUGCAUGUAUAGAUGUAAAUAAUCAACACCUUGUUGUUAAACGAGUGUAGAUCUCAUCUCUCAGUUCCACCCCGCAAGCUGUCAGGUUAUGUUCAUAAAUCCCACCUUGACAACAAACAGUUGCCAUGAUCACUUUCUGACCCCAUUUUCCAACUUUGUUUGACCUUUAUUAUCGACACAUGUAAACAUUUCUGACCCCUGACCUUACCUGUCUGUUCAGCUAACGCAGGUCGUUACUAUGAACACGAUUCAAACUUUCCUUUUACUUUAGAAAAUCUCAGUUCUUGUAAAAUUCGGAACUAUUAUGGUAUUAUGUAGACUAGAGGGUGUUCUUCGGGUAGAUGAAGAAAAUAUGUUAAAAAAAUACAUAGCAUUUUGAACGAGAAAUGAAAGAGGGUGUGAGAUGAAAGAAAGGUAAAAUGGAUGAGAUGAAAAAAUGAAAAAAGACUUUUAUCAACUGUCUCUGUGAACGUAGUAGAAGGUGUGGUGUGUUAUGUGUUAUUUCUGAUUCUUGAACUGAGAUGUGAGGGAACAUUUAAAAAUACUUCCAGAAGCUUGAAGGCAACUAAGAUGAAUGAAAUGUAAAUUUUUAAAGUGGAGACUCAGUGAAGUGCAACAAGACUUGAGAAAGUAAGAAAAGGGGAAUCACAGGAGAGAGAGAUUACAGGUCAAUACUGACAAAAAAACAUUUUUAAGUUCAUUCACUCUAUCGCUCAUUAUCAUGUGACAGAACUGUGAGGAAACAUUUCAAAGUUUCACAAAAGGACUUCCACAGGACUGUCCUACUGUCUUAUUGUGAUGUUACACCUGUGCACCCGGACUGUGGACAAAUACAGGAUUCGAACCUGCCUGAGUGUUGGCAGGGAGAAAAAAAAAAAAGACUACAACAGUGUUUCUGUAUUAUUUAACACAAACUUACUAGCUUUACCUGUCCAUGGCUUCACUACUUAUAGAUGAAUGAAGCCAGAGGACCUCGUUAGAUGAACUGACCGUUAGAAUGUCUGUUUUGCAAGCGAGUGUCAUGACAAACAAAUAUUUUAUUAUCAGAGUAUUUCUCUUAUUUUUCUCUGUCGCUUCGUUCCGGUGUUUCUCUCUAGUUUUGUCACAUUUUGUGUCACUAUAUAUAUUGUUUUCAAGGUGUGACAGCCUCUCACCUGAAAUAGUUCAGUGUAUCAUUAUUGAUGCUUGUGUGCAUCGACACUAGCGCCACCAACCUGUGGUUAAUACUCGUUGUCAGCUGUUCCCCAUCUGUAUCUGGCUUUUGUCGUUCGUCAAGUGAAUGUCUACCAUUUUGUACUGCAAACAUUUUGAUGUGCAUUGUAUUUUAUUAUAAUUAUUAUUCCCGUGAACUUUAACCUGUGUAUUAUUUCCUCAUGAAACGGGUAAAUCAGAACAAAACGAGAACAUAAAGGGUACCAAUAUGGCGGCGUAGGUCUCUGACAAUCUUUUUUCUCAGACGCUUUAAGACAAUGCUGGAGAUUUUUGAUUACAGGAAAUUUCAGACAUGUUUGUAUUUCCCUGACUAGCAUUGAAAUUUGAUUGUGGAGAGUGCUUGAUGCAUUCACAGGUUGGGUUACUUGUGUGGUGUGGUGUUAUUCGUCGUGAUUUUAUUUUUAUUCUUUCUUUCCUUCUUUUCUUUGUCUGUCUCCCUUUUUUUAGUUAUGGUAAUUAAUAUGAGAGUAAAUACCCGUGGGUGUAUGUCUGAAUGUGUGCAGGAAACUGUUUGCUAUGUACAAACCUAAUCUCGCUAGAUACACAUUUGCUGUGUAGUUACUGCCUUGUAGUCUGCUGUAGGUAUUGUCAGAGGUUGGAGCUGGAAAACUCGUAUUAGCAGUGAACAGGCCCCGAGUAGGUCGUGCUGAAAACAUAGUUCGUAUACUAGUUUGCAAUUAGUCUCAAUAGUUCAUCACAAGCUCCUCGUUUUCAUAGGGUACUGUCUCAGUUGUUUUAUUUCUGCCACUGCCUAAGUUUUUUGUCAUCAAGGAUCAUCGUUCACUAAUUUCUUCACUUAUCCCAAAGAGAUACCCCAUCUCAUAAUUUUAAAGCUAUUUCAUAGUAUUUUUAUUUCAUUUAUUUUUUAAUCCCAUCAUGCACACACCCUAACACAUAAAAACAAAGUGUAGUAUUGACAAACUGGGAGGAGGGUGUAGAUGGGACACGGGGGGUAUUGACGAGGGUAGGUUGUAUACAAAACUUUAUUGUCAUUUUGUAGCGACACUUGAGGUCGCUGCAAUAAAAUGAAAAUAAAUAAUCAGUGAGCGGGGUGGGUGGGAGUAAAUCAAGAUUUGUACUUAAAAUAAAAAUAAUAGUCAUGAACGUGCCAGUCUCGUGACUGCAGCAACAUUGAGAGCAAUAAUACACUAAACAUUACCUCAUUCCAGACUUGCUUGCUUCCUGUGCUAGAGUGGUUCCUUCUGCUGAUCGAUGGCUUUCCUAUCGCCAUGCAAAUUAGCUUCCCACCCACCCUUUACUAACCACCCUUCACCCUCCCACUGGCAUUAUCAUCUCACAAACUUCUCAUCUUGUUGUCCUGUACCACCCUUGGUACCAUCACCAGGUCACAACUACGAAUAUUGUCUGUAUAUUGUGAAUUUAUUUGUACAACAAUGUGUUAUUUUCAUUUUUACCUCUCUCUCUCUCCUAUCUCUCUGUAAACCACUCAACACUCGGGACUCUGCUCCCAUUGUUGUUGUAAUGCGUUGCCCGUGGCAACCACAGAACGAGAAUCAGUGUUUUGGUGACACAAAGAAAUCGUUUUCCGUGUCAUUAGCGUUUGUGUUCACAGUUCGCUCGGGCGCAGAUUAUUCUGUGUUAAUGUGGGAUAUGUGACUUGUGACCUGUGACUUGUGAACCCAGUCUGAUGAUCUUUACCGUACAAAGGAUUGUCCCUUGUUUUCAGUAUUGUUUUUCGGUCGCAAUAAAAACGAGGUGAAAUAUG